AUGCCCCACUCCGACGACGACGAGUCCGUGGCGUCCGCUGAGUCCGUUAACAGCUUCGACUAUGAAGAUGACGAUAACCUGAUGAUACUGUUCGAAGCGGAUAGCGAUGAGGGUUCUCCGACAAACAUAGAGCAAGAUGUUGAAGCGCCGCCUGUUGAAAGCAGAUUGUUAUGGCAAAAGCCCUCGCUGAACCAUUUGUGUCAGUGUCGUUACAGAUCAAUGAAGGUCAAUUGGUAUAUUAUGGAGCGGUUCGUUAUGCCUGCCAGAAAACUUUCAGAUACUGUCAUUCCUGGACUCUCGCUUGAUGAGCUUCUUGUCAUGUUGCACUACAAGAAGUGGCUGGUGGAUGAACUUACGAGUGACUUUUUCGAUAAUCUGAACCGCCUUCGUGAGAGAUGUGGGCUUUCUGAGAAUGUUAACGCUGUCUACCCAAUCACCACAAAGGGCCUGGACUUUAUGUGUAUGAUUUGCUGUGAGUCUGGCCCCUUGGAUACGUUUCUGCUCUCGUGUGGGCACGAGUUCUGUGUACCAUGCUACAGUCAAUACUUGCACAUCUAUGUGGGCAAAGGCGAGCUCAUCAGAUGCAUGGAGCCCCUGUGCAGCAAGUCCUUGUACCAUACGGAUGUUGAGAAGAUUCUACAGAAUGGAAUCUCCACUGAGGUGGAUGUGAUUGAAUUGAAGCUGAGUGGCAGUAGUAGCUCAAGUGAGAGUCAAGAUUCGACCUUCGCAGAGGCUGACUUCAAAAAUUAUGAGUUAAGCGUGAUAAAUGAGUACGAUCUUCAGUUUGAUGGCGUGGAGUUUGCCAAUGAGAGCAGGCCCGACGAUGCUCAGGAUCCGCUCCUGAGAAAUCUGCUUCUUCGAGCUGCAGCAAAGCUCUCCCUCGACGGUGCACGCAGUCGCUACAAGUGGUGCCCUGCUGUGGAUUGUGAGAACUUUGUAGAGCUCUCAAAGGACACCAGGCCCCAUGAUUAUGAUUACAAGAAGACCAAUCUCUUGACUAAUGUGCCAGUCGUCCGCUGUCCUGCCUCGCACGAGUUCUGCUUCGACUGUCAGUUCGAAAACCAUCUUCCAUGUCCUUGUGACAUCACUGCGAAGUGGGUCAAGCGAUGCCAGGACGACUCAGAGACAGCUAAUUGGAUCGAAGCCAACACCCAAAACUGUCCCAAGUGCUCUUCGCUGAUCGAAAAGAAUGGUGGUUGCAACCAUAUGCUUUGCCAACAUUGUAGAUUUGAAUUCUGCUGGAUUUGCUUACAUGAUUGGAGGCAGCAUACCCAAUCCCAUUGGUCUUGUAACCGCUACAAGGAACGAAAGGAAGACACCUCCGGCAAGUUACAGAAGCAGAACGCUCUUGCACGUUAUUUGCAUUACUACAAGCGCUUUUCUGUUCAUCAGCAUUCCAUGAAGGGUGACGAACGUACUCUUGCCAAUAUACAUCGCUACAUGCUCUUGUAUAUGAAAUCUCAGACUCACAACAGCAAAAAGAAUGUGUCGUGGAACGAUGCCCAGUUCAUGUCUGAUGCGAUUCGAAGCCUCAUUUGUGGAAGGCGAACAUUGAUGUGGACUUACGCAUUUACAUUUUAUCUUGAGAAGAGCAACUACUGUGAUAUCUUUGAGGGGAUGCAAGACUAUCUCAAUGAAACUGUAGAAGCACUUUCGAGAAUCUUCGAAGAUGUUGGCGUGGAGAAGAAAAAGAAACAAUCAGAGGAGAACAUCAUGCAAGCUCUUACGAAGAAGAAGUCCAAGAUCGUGCAUUUAUCUGCAUUAAUUGCCAAACGACAGCGUCUCUUGGUGGAGUGUGCCAAUCACGGCAUCAGCGACGGCUCAUUGAUCUUUAAGGAAAUCAAGUAG